CUGACCAUGCAGCAACUCAACAUAUCCAACAGCUCGAUCACGGCUCCGGUCUCAACUGUAAACCUGAUUGCCAGUAGUGUGCUGGCAGUUUGCUUUAUACUGGGAGUACCCGGUAACAUCACUGUCAUGGUAUUUCUUGCUAGAUGGUGGAAGGGAGGCAGUUUCACCCCAAGAUUAAUGCUAAGCCUGGCCAUAUCGGAUCUGCUCACUCUGCUUUCUCUGCCUGUUUGGAUUUGGUCUCUUCUGCAUGGCUGGGUCUUUAGCUUGGUUCUGUGUAAGCUUCUCUCCUAUUUGGUGUAUUUAAGCCUGUACUGUAGCAUUUUGUGUGUGAUACUGAUGAGUGUGCAGCGAUACAUGCAAGUUCUGCACCCUCAGAAAUGGAAAAAGGUUGGUAGAAGAGGAAAAAAGUUCUUUUUGAGUGGGAUUUGGAUUUUAAGUGCAGUAUUAUCGUCCUAUGCUCUUGUACAGCGCACUCUAAGCUUGGACAGAGAAGGACACCAGCAAUGCAAUCGAUGUUAUCGCAAUGAUGUUGAGAGAGUGGCAACUUUAGUCUGGGAGAUUAUGAUAUUUGUGGUAUCAUUCCCAAUACUGGCUUAUUUCUACUUUCACCUUUACCGGGGAGUUAAAAACUCAGCUUUCUUUAGCAGUCACAUAAGGACAAGGCUGGUGGCCAGAAUUGUGGCAUGUUUCUUUAUUCUUUGGAUUCCAUUUCACAUCAACAACACUGUGCUUAUCACUGCUGUGCUGCUUGGGAAUGACAGUCUGUUGAGAUCUGCAGAAGCUGGAGAUAAUAUCGUUGCAGCUCUGACUUUUAUCAACAGUUGUGUGAAUCCCUUCCUGUAUGCCUUCUCUGCGCGGGCUCUACAGCAGCAAACAGUCGGAACAGAAAAUGCUUCAAGAUGAAGAGGUUUGAUUUUGUAUAGAUUGUUCCUCAAAGCCAGUGAUUUGUUUAAACUUAUGCAGAGGGUCAUAAACCCAUUUCUACUUAUUCCUGCAGCUUGCUGUUACUUUUUGAUUUUGUUAAAUGAAACAAACUUGACAAUAUAUCAUACUAAAGGCUGUUCAUCUGAUGAAUAAAUUUCAACAGAUUUAUAAGUUAAUGAUCUUAUUUCUUUUUAAAAUGCAUGGUGAAGUAUAUUUUUUGCUGUAGUAGGAUCUACAAUUUUUUAAACAAGAGUUAAAACUUUUUUUACAGCCUAUACAUGUUAAUGUGAACUUCAUUUUAGAUAGAUGACUAUAUUUCUAUGUAAAAAAGUAAAUAGGGUUUUGGAGAUUAAAGAACAAAAUAGAAUAAAUAAAAUACUAAGAAAUGUUGUAAUUUAUUAUUAUUAUUAUUAUUAUUAUUAUUAUUAUUAUUAAUUUGUAUUUUUUUUAAUUGAAAUUUAUUUAUAAUACUAUAUGCUUGUAUGAAUGUUACAGAACAUCAGUAACACUUUCAUGUACAGUGUUCACACUUAUGAGUUAGAAUAUGUCAUAAAUCACAUUUAGAUCACCUGAGACCAUUGCUUAUUUAGUAAAAAAAUAAAUAUACAUUUCUU